GAUAUGCAGCAUGUUCAACGUCCAUGGGCAAAAUAAUUGUUCACUCCACUAUUUCGAGGAGACGGUGAGCAUGAACGGUGCCAAGCUGUAACGAUUUAGGGGAAAGUUGCUGUGGCAUGGAGGAGGAACAGCAGUUCAUUGCAUCGGUACGAGGCGGCCAGUCCAUCACUGCGCGACCACCAGUUUUCAGUGCAAACGCUGAGUUUGUGUACUGCUGUUCGGGAAAUACUGUUCGCGUCUAUAGCGCCAAAUCUGGUCGCUUUGUUCGCUCGUUGCGUGAUGGCCACACGGGCUACGUAACCGGAAUCACACUCAACCCUAGGAAUUGUUUUCAAGUAAUCACAUGUGGCGAAGAUGGCAAUGUUGUUGUUUGGGACACCGAUGGCGGUAUCUUAAAAGUUUCAGGUUUUGGUGAGCCGCUCACCGACAUCGCCCUACUCAGCUCUGAGCAACAGGAUCGUGUAUUCUGUCUGCAGGAGAAAUCGAACAAUGAUUAUUCGCUCUUCUGGUUUGACUUGGCCUCGAUGACCAUGAGCGCUGCAUCGCCGUCCUCGGAGAAGAUCACCGAUGGCCCUAAAGCCAAGCAUCUGUUUGACCUGCCCGAGCCCAGGCAGCAGAGAAUAGUCGUAAAUAAAGCGACGUCAUCCGUUGUAGUGUGUUCACGGAAGAAUAUCUACAUGUGGAGCUGUGUGCGCCAUCAACUAACAAAGUUGAGUUCAUCGUUUGGCAUUACGUGCGUUGCAUCACAUCCUAGCCAAGCUUGCAUUGCAACUGGCUGUGCAGGUGGUCAAAUCAAGCUAUGGUAUAAAAUUGCAGACGGUGCUUCGCAAGUCGAGUCUGUGGACUUCCAUUGGCAUUCGCACGCGGUGAUGGACUUGGCAUUCACGCACGAUGGUUCUUACCUGCUGUCUGGUGGAGAGGAGUCCGUACUGGUUGCUUGGCGCUUAGAAGACGCUGGCUCCACGAAGAAGUUCUUGCCGCGUCUUGGUGCACCGCUGAAGCACAUUACGUCCUCUCCGUCGGAUGAUCUCAGAGCCAUCUCACACGCUGACAAUGUCAUUCGCAUGGUGUCUGGAAACACGUGUAGUCCAAUGUAUGCAAUUGGAGGACUGCUCAAAGUGUUUACUGGCGAUAGGUAUGGUAAUCGGCUGCCCGCUGGUCUAGUGGUGCAUCACUCUCAGUCGGGCCUGGUGCUCAACGGUGCAUCGGGCAUGCUGCAGAUAUACGAUCCUUUCGCUGACAAGCCUUUCUUUGAUGUCGAUGUCGUAUGUGCAAACUACGUUGCACCAUCGCUGGAAAAGAUUGUGCCGUUCCCCGUUGUAAAUCAUGUGGCGAUGAGUGACGAUGGCAUGUGGCUAGCAACGGUGGAACACUGGCAGAGACCUGGCUUUGCACCCAGUCAACAGCUCAAGUUCUGGCACUUCUCGCGGAAGGCUGGCCAGUUCAAGCCGAUAUCUCAUGUUGAUGAAUCUCUCGCUGGUCGUAUCACAUCUCUUCACUUUCAACCGAGUGCGGCGCAGUUGUCCUCAGGAAUCUCGCCGGAGCCCAUGGAAGUUGACGAUCUGGAGCGUAGCAAGGAAGUCGUCAAGCCUGCCGAAGUGCUCUGUGUGACGUCUUACGACACUGGUGUUCACAAGUGCUGGGCUUCUGUGGGCGUCAGCACCAAGCAAGGAGAAAGAGUCAUCUGGAAGUGCUGGUCCUCAACACAUCACCGGCCCGCACCAGUUGUGGCCACUGCUUUCACAACUGAUGGUACCCUGCUGGCCGUGGCGUACGCGAAGCUCAUCACACUGUGGGAUGUGGAGAGUGGUGAUCUGCGCAGCACAUUGGUCUUACCCCAUGCUGAUGAUGCUAUCCGGUUACUGGUAUUUGGCAGCUUGUCUUCAACACGCUAUCUGUUGGCUGCCACAUCUCGCUAUCUGAUCUGCUGGGAUGUUGUCACAGGAUCCAUUGUCUCGACCGUUCAAGUAUCGUUGGCUGUACUGACCGCUGACAGGCAUAGUCCGUACGUAGCGGCCAUCACCAAGUCCACACCAGCAUACCCGCAUGUGUCAGCGUUUAUCUUCAAGCCUGGAGAUACGCGCACCGUGUGCAAUGUCAGUUCGUUCAGCUCACAGCCCGUGGUCGGUGCUGCGUUUGUACCGCGCCCCAGCGCCACUGACAAGAAUGCCGAGGAAGAGCAGACCGGACGUACGCUCGAGCCAUGGCGACGGAAAAGCGAGCUCUUCGUGAUCAACCAGGACCAGAAACUUCUGUAUUUGCGCCGCUCAGAUGAAGCAGAAGUGUCACUGGAGGAAGGGGAGGAAGAGCAGAAUCAACCAACGGCGCUCGCCAAGUUCAUUGAGGAGAAGUCUGUUGACGUGAAACAAGCACUACCAUCACUGGAGAGUGGUCAGCGACAGCACACAGCACAUUUGGUUCUAUCUGCUCCUGCCCACACUCUGCCCACCAUGUCGUCACUGUGUACAACAUUCCUGGAGUCACUUCUCCUACCCAAGGCAGAAGUCGCUCAGUGAGCAGCCAGGAGGAAUGGGGGAGAGUGGAAGAGAACAUCAACAAUACGCAGGAGCACACAUCUGUGUUGCUCCAACCAGUGCAAUACCGUCGGCCUACGGUUUUAAUCUUCUUUGCCAUGCAAGUUAGUGCUGUCAAGCAUCCAUAUCAAGAUUUAAUAUGGGUCGUUGAGAAGAGAACUUCAUGAACCGCA